AUGAAGUUCACGGCAUGUAAGCUCGCCCUCACCGCCAUGCUCAAGUCUUGGACCGGCAUCCUCUACUUAUGCAGGCCUCAGCUAUCAUCAUCAUCACAACCAUCAUCACAGCCAUCAUCACAGCCAUCAUCAUCACAACCACCACCAUCAUCAUCAUCAUUGAUGGGCAUCAAAUCGCUGUUCAAGAUGUUGACGUUAUCUUCAAACGAAACAAGGAAAGAAAUUCUCGAUAUAAUAUUCGAUGUUUUUCGACUGCAAAUUCCCGAGUGGACUGACGAUUUCAACAAACUAGCCACGCGCCAUCACGACGACCUGAAGUACCUGCCAGAGUCAUGCACGCUCGUCAAUGGCUUCAUCGUGGAGGAGGCCAAGCUCUUACUACCUCACGUAUCUAAGACCAGAAUCAACUUGUUGGACAACCACAUGGCCUUCAUACUUGCUUGCUUCUUCCAAGUUGGACUGGUUGAGGCCCUGACGGAAACGAUAAUAACGAGCAGCAGACAUGUUUGCGUGCGAGCCACUGUGCUGCUCAGCCAGCUGCUUCAACUUUCAACGAGGUGGCUGCCAGAUGUACACAAUGAUGUGCGCAAGCAUUGUCUGCAGAACAUCGUGCACCAGUCACUCACGCCUCAUCAUUCUCAUCUGCACCAUGGUGAUGCUAGAAACAACAUGGACUCAAGAAUGUUGGUUGCGUACAAUGUUCAGACGCCAUAG